AAAGCAGGCCUGCCCCUUUAAGGUAGUGUCCCUCCUCUCCCCCUCCCUGCAGGUGACCCUUGCCCGCCUGCCUGCCUGCCCCCCACCUUCCACAGCUGGAGCCAAGGAAGCUGUGUUCCCCCUUCCUCUGGGUCUCCCUGCCUUCUGCUGUCAGGACUCGCUGCUCAGGAUGUCUCAGGGGGACUAGAAGCUGCACCCGGAGCCCCGCAGCCCUCACCCCACGAUGGGGCUGCCGCUGCGCCGGCUGCUGGCCGGCCUGUGUGUGUGGGUGGCCUUGGGCGGGGCGGGGGGCUCUGCCCCCGACCUCGGCCCUGCGGAGCAGGAGCAGAACCAUUACCUGGCCCAGCUGUUCGGCCUGUACGGGGAGAACGGGACGCUGACGGCCGGGGGCCUGGCGCGGCUUCUCCACAGCCUGGGGCUGGGCCGGGUGCAGGGGCUGCGCCUGGGCCCCCAGGGGCACGCAGCGGGCCGGGCCCCCCCGCCACUUGGAGACAACUCCACACACAGGCUGCAGGACUCAGAGCUGGAUGUGGACGUCUGGGCAGGGCUGCCGCUAGGUCCGUCAGGGUGGGGGGACCUGAGCAAGCCAGAGGCCCCGUCCGCACCCCGGGGGCCAGGCCCCUCGGGGCUGGGCCUCUUCCACAGGCUGCUGCUGCUGGACCACUCGCUGGCAGACCAUCUGAAUGAGGAUUGUCUGAACGGCUCCCAGCUGCUGGUCAACUUCGGCCUGAGCCCCGCGGCCCCGCUGACCCCUCGGCAGUUUGCUCUGCUGUGCCCGGCACUGCUGUACCAGAUCGACAGCCGCGUCUGCAUCCAGGCGCCGGCCCCCAGCGCCCCUGGGAACCUACUGUCCGCCCUGACUCACAGCGCCCUGGCGGUCCUGCUCCUCAGCCUCCCAGCUCCUCUCUCCCUGCUCCUGCUGCGGCUCCUGGGACCCCAUUGGCUGCGGCCCCUGCUGGGCUUCCUGGGCGCCCUGGCCGUGGGCACUCUCUGCGGGGACGCGCUGCUCCACCUGCUGCCCCACGCACGAGGGCAUCACGCGGGCCCGGGCGCCCACCCCGAGGAGGACCUGGGCCCGGGGCUGUCGGUGCUGGGAGGCCUCUUCCUGCUCUUCGUGCUGGAGAACGCGCUGGGGCUGCUGCGGCGCCAGAGGUCCAGGCCAAGAUGCUGCUGGCACGCCCCGAAGGAGCGCCGGGCACGGAACCCGGACCCGGAGGAUGGCACCACCGUGGCCCUGCAGCAGGCCAGAGCACCAGAGCCAGGAGCGCAGGGCCGGGGGGAGCAGGACAGCGGUCGGCCCCCGCCCACACCAGCUGUGCCCGGGCACCACGGCCACAGCCACGGGCACCAGGACGGCAGCUUCACCUGGAUGGUUCUUCUGGGAGAUGGUCUGCACAACCUCACUGACGGGCUGGCCAUAGGCGCCGCCUUCUCCGACGGCUUCUCCAGCGGCCUCAGCACCACGCUGGCAGUGUUCUGCCAUGAGCUGCCGCACGAACUGGGCGACUUCGCCAUGCUGCUGCGGGCCGGGCUGCCCUUCCGGCGGCUGCUGCUCCUGAGCCUGGUGUCUGGCGCCCUGGGACUGGGGGGCGCCGCCCUGGGCGUGGGGCUCAGCCUGGGCCCCGUCCCCCUCACCCCUUGGGUGUUCGGCGUCACCGCGGGGGUCUUCCUCUACGUGGCCCUGGUGGACAUGCUCCCGGCCCUGCUCCGUCCUCCCGAGCCCCUCCCUGCGCUAGAGGUGCUCCUGCAGGGGCUGGGGCUGCUGCUGGGGGGCGGCCUCAUGCUGGCCAUUGCCCUGCUGGAGGAGCGGCUGCGGCCCCUGCUGGCCGAGGGCUGACAGGGGACGGGGGAGGGCACGAGGAGGGGGCUGCCCUUCCUCCCCCCCAACCACAGGAAUGGAGGCGGGACACAGGGCCAGUAGGAGCAACAGGAGUUUAAUAAACAGAACCCAUCCCAAAGCCAUAACUACGACAGUUGUACUUGCACCAAAACAGCAUAGAAAACCAGGGGGUGGCGGGAGGAGGCUCAAAGCAGGUCGAGGGAGGGCUGAGGAGGGCGGGUGGGGUGCAUCCAGGGGGUGGGGUGGGGAGAGCAUUGUGCUUUAGCCCAGGGGGAGGGGGAGGGGCGGGGCAAAUGCACCAAGGUCCCCACACUGUCCUGCUGCCCUCAGCACCCUGGGGAGUCGGGCAUCUGGGCAGUGCUGCCCUUUAUUGCUGCCCACCAGCAUCGAACACCCCCCCGACCCCCGACCCCCACGCUAGCACCACAGGGAGAUCCGGAGCAGGGAGAAGGCGGGAAGGGGAACAUUGCUUAGAGAAAGAUUCCACUAGAAUCCAGUGAAUUGUGCUCAGUUCUCUUUACUUCCUACAACCGAGUACAUGGGUCACAGGGUGGAGGGUGCGAAGGGCCGGGGGGGGGGGCUGCCCCUCAGUGCCCCCCACACCCCUGCACAGGACGGUGGUGUCUGCAGCAUCACAGGUCAUGCAGGGCACAGGGGUGGGGAAGGUCACACACACAGACGCCCACGCGGGGACCAGAGAACACCCCUGGGUAUACACAGCUGUACACAGGGAACCACCCCCCACCCGGCCCCCAGCCCAACCCUCUCCCCUGUCUCGCGCUCCCUCCCGGGUAGAGGGAGGAACUGUAUUGCUUUGAGAGAGCCACCCUGGGGGCCGCCCUGCCAGGACCCUCCCCCCCACCCCGUUUUGGCACAUCUGCAAGACUCGUGGCAGGGAGCAAGGGGGCCCCUCCCCCCAGCGCCAGGCUUCUCGGGCUGGGAGCUGAGGAAGGGGUAGGAGGUUGCGUCCUCCAUUGGCCCCCUAGCCCUUCCCGAACCCCGAACCCCUUCGAACCCAAGCCGGCAGCACCCCGCCCCCACCCACCCCCCUGACACACACACACACACAAAGCUGAGCUCUCCAGGAAGAGGGGGAGCACACGACACGCGGAGAUUGUCCGGGGAGGGAGCGGAGGCGGUGAGGGGGCAAGACUGGAAGCAGAGACCCCACCCUGGCGUGGGGUCAGACUGGCACAACAGCUACUUUAGUGCAAUUGGAGAGGGUGCCCAGAGUGAGGGACGGGGUGGGAGGGGCAGGGCCAGGCGCCCGGGGCCAACAGAGGGUCUCCUGCCCCGCCCCCCUCAGCCCUCCCAAACGCAGUGACAGGUCCCCUCACACCUGUGGGCAGCAGCAGCCUCGGGUCAGUACCUUCAAGUAAUUCAGAGCAGACCCCCCCCUCCCGGCUUCCUCCCAGCUCUGGGAUUUGGUCGCGUCUCCAGGGGGCGGGUUGGGAGGGGGUCCCCUCGGCAGCCCCUUCCCUCGCGGCCUCCCUCUUCCUAGCCCCCUGGGCUUGGUCCUUAAAGAUUCCUCCCCCCUCGCCCGACCUGGGGCAAGGCAGCGGGGCCGGAGCCGCCAGGCUGAGCGGGCAGGGGCCCGGGCGGGCCGCGGGGGGCCUCUGACCCUCCUUCGACGGGAGGGUGCUGCGGGGCGGACGCCCCGGGAGGGCUUCUGGGCUAGGGUCUGUAAGGCUAUUUUCCUUUGCAGUGGGAGAGAAGGGCAGGGGAGGCGGGGGAUGGACUCCGGGUAUGGGGGGGGGGUGAGAAGCGGAGGCGGGAGGGCGGGGCGGGGGCGGGGGCGACACACCCGUGUGCUCAGACCCGGAGUGGCGGCUCCCGGCCCCAGCCUCGCCGCUCCAGGCCCUGCCCACGGCCCCGGGGACGGGGCACAGCGCGGGCACAGCUGCAGAACUCUUCCCUCGGAGCCCCCCGCGCCCAGCCUCCUCCCCCCGUCUAGGGCCGGGGCGGCGGGAGGGGCCCGGGUGGUCAGACAGCGGCGGAAACAGUAUUGAGUUUUCCUUUGGUUACAUAUUGAAGGCAAAGGUGAGCUGGACUUACAGUCAAAACGGAUAGGGAGGAGGGGGGAGGGGCCGUGGCGAGGGGGCUGGGGGAGGCCCCCCGCAGCCCCUUCACCCCCCCCAGGAACACAUGUCUAAGUGGGGUGGCAACUCCCUCAGUCUCGUCUCUCCCACCCCCACAGCACCAAACAGGAGAAGCCCCUUCCCCGGGGCCGCCCCCCACCCCGACACGGGCUGUACAUUCAGUGGUUCUCAGCAGUCCUAUGGCUCAGGGGGCCCGGGGAAGGGAGGUGGCCCAACAGUCUCACUGGGACAGUGGCAGUGACCCGGGUCUGGGGGUCCCCCUGGGGACCCCCAGUUUGUGCCGUUUGUUUUUCUGAAGGCUAUACACGACCCUUCCAAAGCCACCGCCCAAUCAGAAACAUCUCCCCCCCGCCCCCACACACACACCCCAAAUCAGAAACGAAAAACUGGCUCUUUCCGUCCGGCCCUCCGCCCGGCCCGCGCACCUGUCCCUGUCGCGGGGUCGCCCUUGCUCUGACUCCUCUGCUGGCGCCUGGGGCCGCUCCUCACUUCCAACAGGCCUUUCCUCAAAAGUGCUUAUUACUGAAGCAAGUGCUUUAGAGCUGCGCUGGGGGGCGGGGAGGGGCGGGGCGGGCCGGGGCCGGGGUGCUCCCUCCCCGCCUGGCCCCUGAAGAUGGGGGGGCAUUCUGCCUGUUUUACUUCUCCACACCCGUUUAAGUCAAAGAGGUUGGUUUUUUUUUUUUUUUCAAAAAAAAAAAAGAGAAAAAUCUUAACGUUAAAAUAAAUACGCAGUGGCCAUGAGAAUGGUCAGAAUGCUUCGAAAACCCCGAGGGGCCGGGGAGCCCGGCGUGGGGUGCGGGGUUUCCUUUGGCAUAAAGAGGGGCAGAGGGUGCCCCGCCGCCGGCCCCGGCACGCUGACGGGGUGCUGGGGGCCCAGCAGGGACCAGGCAGCCACCAGAAAUCUCACCCAGCAGAACGACGGGGCUCCUGACCCACACACUGAUUCUUCCUGCCUUCACCCCGCGUUGGUAAAGGAGAACACGACUGAUCCCCCGACCCCGAGGGUCUUCUCGGGAGGACCCAUCUCCCUGCUCCCCCUGCACCCCGCCCCCCCACCAACUAAUUCCCAGCACCAAAAUGAGAGGAAUGGAGGGGGGGGGCGGGAUGGUUGGAGGAGCAAGAACUGAAGCGAGGGCAAGCAUUGCAGAACCAGCAGGGUGGGGUGGGGGCUGCAGCCCUUUGAGAGGUCACAUUGAUUGUCGUGUAGGGAAGGACAAGGAGGGGGAGUGUGGGGGGGGGCGCUGGGGCAUGAGGGGCAUCGCAAGGCCCUUUGGCUUCGAAAACAAAAACAACAAACUAAAAAGCUGCACGAUCCUUCUCACCAAUAAUGGUCACUUGGAAGCUUUGAAAUGGUUCCGGAACUGAGGUGGCGGGAAGCAAGACACAGAGAGAGGGGACAGAGCGGGAGGGGGGUGCAGGGGAGGGGGACAGACAGGCCAGGCUUCAGGGUGGGGGCAUGAGGUAUGGUGAAGGGGACCGACCGAGGCUGGGAGGGGCUCGUCCAUGCCCUCCUCCACUCUGCCCACCUGGGCGAGGCUGGGGGACUCGCAGGGCACACACUGGAGACGAAAGUUAAGUGUGUGGGGGGAAGGAGGGCGGGGGGUGGGGGGGGAGGGUGCCCCAGGAUGGGGACCCUGUACUGUGUAAACGAAGCCUGUCCAGUUCUCCGGGGACAAUACUGAUGGCAGCCAAACUGGGCGUGGGUGCACUGUGGGCUGGGGGGGGCGUGACCUAUAUUCAAGUUCUGUGUCUUGGCCCCUGGCUGAGGUAUCAGUGUGAGGAAGGGGGCAGGGAGGGGCGCGGCGGGGCGGGGGCGACUGUCCAGGGUCGCUGAGCUGGGAGGUGUGUGGACAGACAGGGGCGUCUGGAGGGACCGGGGCCAAAUUCAAUGCUACAUUUAGAGAGAAAGCUGCCCCCUCCUCACUCCAGCCCAGUCCGGCUUCCGGGGUGCGGCUGGCAGGAGCCUUCUCAGUGCAGCCCCGAGCUCAGUCCCGGCUCUCCCGCGGUGGGGAGCGGCCGGGAAGGAAGGCGGGGACACGGUCAGCCUCAUACGGGAGGGGAAGCCUGGGGUCCGUGGGGUCCCGCCCGGCUGCCCAGCCCUUCCCACCAUCUUUGGCUUCAGACCAGGAGUGACUGGGCGGCCGGGAGAAGGGAAGGGGGAGGAGCAAGUACUCUUGGACUCUUGGACGUUAGGGAGGUGGAGGCUGGGGGGGGAGGACAGAGAGAGAGGGAGGGACACAGGAGGAAGAACACGGUCCUGCCCUCCACAUACAUGCAAACACAUGCCUGAAACACAUAGGACAUACUAGUGCUGUGAUUUGAAAUGGGUAGGAAAUUAAUUUGUUUCUUCCCCUAAAAGGAUAAAAUGCUUACUUAAAAAUUCAUGACAAGCCUCAAAAGUUAAGGGACGAGAGCCAGGGAGGGAAG